UCACCGUUUCUAGGCUCCCUUUCGCUUCUCUCUCUCUCUCUCUAGCGUUCCGACUUGAGUCGCUCCGGACCACCGUCCUCCUACUCCUCCAGUCGUCGGCCGCCACGUGUUACUCGCAAUGGAUGAUGACAAUUCCAACCCAUUUCGACGCAUGUCGAGCCGAACUCGUAAGGUUGCUCCAAGAAUGGCUGCUGCCCUUGCAAGUAGUGACAACCGCACGCAGGCUGCUCUUGCUCGCCUUGAAGCCUUAGAAAACGACAAUGCAGGAAUGGAAACGGUUGAAAUUAACGAUGAAGAUGACUCUUCUCUUGAUGAUGAAGAUCAAGGAUACAUGCAAAAGAGGCAGUCCAAGGGUACUAAACGUAAAACCCGGCAGGCAAAGGCACUUGAGAAUGCCAGGAAAGCCCCAAGAACAUUUCUUGAGCUUUUACAUGAGGCAAACCUGGAAUCAUUGCCUCCUCAUGUUCCCUCCUAUUUGAAGGCAGCUGUGGGACCUCCAAGCUCUACCUCUCGCCGCCAUUUCUGCACUGUUUGUGGAUACGCUGCCAGCUACACAUGUGUGAAGUGUGGGAUGCGUUUCUGUUCACGCCGUUGCCAGAAUAUACAUAAUGAUACUCGUUGUCUGAAAUUUGUUGCCUAGAUGGUGGUAGACUUUCAGUGGCCAAAAUCUGUAAAUUCGUGACACUGAAUGCUAACUCAUUGUUAUAUGCUGAAGCUAUUAUCUUUAUGCAGUUAGUUUGAUAAUAGAAUACAAAAAAAUUGAAUUAUUGCUGUUAAUUUAUAUUUUUUUUUCAAUUACUGAUUCAUCAAAAAAUUUCUUAAA